AUGGUGGUUGUGAUUGGGGGAUUUGAAACGCGGCGUGACCAUCAACAACUUGGAACUUUCACGAUUUCUUCCACCUCAAUGUCCGCUGCUACUGGCGCUAUAGACGAAAUAAUCGACCUCACUGGAGAUACUACUGCAUCUGGAUCCGAGGAUGAUGAGGAAGAGGAACAAAAUGAUCUUGAGCAAGGUAGCUUUGACGAAGACGAACAAACGACACCCACGCUCGACCAACUGAACGCAGCGAUAUCAUCCGCUCCAGUAGCCCGACUCCAACUGAUACUUAUCCGACUCGCCAAGAAAAACCCUGCAGUCCGCAAAGCGCUCACGAAAGAGUUGUUGACGAUAUCUGGCCCACCAACCGCGCCGGUCAGAGUGAUACCGCGCUGGGAAAUUUGUGAAAACUGUGGAAACUCGUAUGAUGUGAACGUGGCCGAAGAUAAUGAAGAUUGUGUAUUCCAUCCAGGUGACCUUGAAGUUGAAGACGACAAGUUUGUGGACUGGGACGAGGAUUGCCACGGUCCAAUGGACACCCGCUCCAACAGACGCGAAUUUCCCGAGAAUUUUACCUGGAGUUGUUGUGAAGGGGAUGGAACAGCCGGCGGAUGCGUCAACGGAAGACAUCGGCCGAAAAGCAACAAACGGCAACGGUUCUAA